CUAUAAUUAAUCCCCAUUCUCCCUCUCCCUCCGGCGCAUUCUGUCAUGAUUUCUGAGUGUCUAAGAUCAGGUGGGAUCCCUCAUCCUGCAUUCCGCUCUGUACCUCCGCAAUUGCCUUGGAAUCGGACAAAUUCUUUGUUCAACAACCCACACCUUUCCAGACUUGCUGUCAUCUACCAAUCAGGCUGGAAUGUGAGCUUACUGGAUUGGCUAGGGCUUUGAACGUCUCGAAGCUAUUUCAACCAUGCAAGAUCCCUCCGCCGCGACAGGUGCAGUGAGCACCGGCAGUGGCGAUACUAUCCCGUCGUCCGCAACUAUGAAUGGAAGGCUAUCUACAAGUGGUGCAAAUGGCGCAAAGGGCACAAUUGGCAUUAAACAGGAGACGAAGAGGAGCAAAUAUCGACAUGUGGCAGCAUAUCACGCCAGGGUGCGGCAUUCGAGUCUCACGCGUGAACCUAAUGUUACGGCGAGCUUUCUCGGCUUUCGCAACCUGAUGGUAAUUGUCCUAGUGGCGAUGAAUCUUCGGCUCAUUAUUGAGAACUUUAUGAAAUAUGGCGUUCUCAUCUGCAUCAGAUGUCAUGACUACCGCAAACAGGAUGUUGUGUUAGGAUCGAUCCUCUUCGCUCUCGUUCCGUACCACCUUUUUAUCUCCUAUCUCAUCGAAUUGAGUGCAUCGAAGCGGGCCAAGCAGGUCGUUGGUCAAAGAAAGAAGGAUGGCUCUCCUGAAGCCGCGGAGCGCGAUCAGCGGACCUUCCGGCUGACCUGGUGGCUCUCUGCCUUCUUUCAUUGCGUCAACACUUUGUUGAGUCUCGGGGUCACUAGUUUUAUAGUAUACUUCUACAUCCACCACCCUGGAAUUGGUACCCUGUGUGAACUGCAGGCCCUCAUCGUCUCGUUCAAGAUCUGCUCAUACGCAUUUACCAAUCGCGACUUGCGCGAGGCAAUGCUCAACCCCUCCAUGGAGUCGGCGCUCCCUGAGAUCUACUCGUCCUGUCCUUAUCCCCGCAACAUCACACUGGGGAAUCUGAUUUACUUUUGGUUGGCACCUACCCUGGUUUACCAGCCUGUUUACCCAAGGUCAUCACACAUACGGUGGUCGUUUGUAGGGAAGCGUUUGUUCGAGUUCGUUUGUCUUACUGUAUUCAUCUGGCUUCUCUCCGCCCAGUAUGCGGCACCGGUUCUCCGAAACUCCAUUGACAAGAUCGCCGUGAUGGAUGUUGCGUCUAUCCUGGAACGAGUAAUGAAGCUGUCCACUAUCUCCCUUGUGAUCUGGCUGGCCGGCUUCUUUGCAGUAUUUCAGUCGCUGCUGAACGCACUCGCCGAAAUCUUGCGCUUCGGAGACCGCGAGUUCUACACCGACUGGUGGAAUAGUUCCAGCCUUGGAGGGUACUGGCGCUCGUGGAACCGGCCGGUAUAUCUUUUCAUGAAGCGACACGUCUUCUCGCCACUGGUUGGCCGAGGAUGGAGUCCGCUCGCGGCAAGCACUGUCGUGUUUCUGGUCUCUGCGGUUCUCCACGAAAUGUUGGUUGGCAUUCCGACACAUAACAUGAUCGGUGUCGCAUUUGCGGGAAUGAUGUUCCAACUGCCGUUGAUCGCUAUCACGGCCCCAUUAGAAAAGAUCAAGGAUCCGUCAGGCAGGGUGAUCGGAAACUCGAUCUUCUGGGUCAGUUUCUGCCUGGUCGGUCAGCCUCUGGGAGCUCUAUUAUACUUCUUUGCCUGGCAAGCCAAAUAUGGUAGUGUCAGCAAAAUGGGGGCAUAGAGAAUGGUUUAAAUCAUAUAUGUCGCUUUUUCUUCGAGAGAUGUAAACGGGCUGGGAAAAGCUUUAGUGCCUCUGCAUUUUCAAUGAUCAUAAUCAAUAGCAAGAAACAAGAAAGUGACACGUC